AUGGCAUUGAUUCCUGAGCUGUUGUCUAACAUAAUACUCUUGGUGACCGGCCCCUUUGCUUUAAUCAAGUUGUCGUGCGUGUUUAUUGUCAGAACUGCAUUUCUUUUCACUUACGCUUGGACAGAGUUGGUGAAGGCUACUGUUAGAUUCAAUUUGAACUUAAUAUGGAGAAUUGUGACAUGGACAAUUGGUAUUAUCUCUAUACCUGCACGAGUCGUGAAUGCCUUGCAAAGAGAAAGGCAGCUAGAAGAACAACUACAAGAACUGCAGAAUGAGUUGGAGAAUCUAGUGGGGGAUCAGAAGGCAUUUCAAGAACAUAUCAAGAUAGCCAUUAGAGAACGCAAAGAACGGAAAAUGGUGGAGGCAGUAUUAUCAGAGCUUGAAGAGGAGCAUAAUUUGGCUAUUGCAAAAAUUGAACAGUUAGAGGCCAAGUUGCAGGAUUUGAAAGAUGAAAAUUGUAGGCUAAAGGAAAUUCAGGGCAAGGCGUACUGGAGUUGUAAAAAUCAAGAUGACACGGACAAUGGCCAAAACACCAGUGGCAGUUCACAUUAUAUCCUGUCAGGGAACUCCAAGUAUAAUGGAAGUGGAAUUGCAUUACAAAGUCCACUCAUGCAAAAGGAUAUUUGGGAAGAUGAGAGCAAGAACAGAACGGAGCUGCUCAAACUCAUGAAAACUGGAUCAAAAUCUGGAACUGCUUUGCCGGUUAGACUGGAAGCAAUUGCAAAAAUAGAAAGGAGUGAAGUACUCGAUCAUUGUCGGGAUGCUGCACUUUCCCAGUCAAUUUUCAGUGCUUUUUUGUCCCUGGUAGUUGGAAUAAUUGUGUGGGAAGCUGGAGACCCAUGCAUGCCUCUAGUGGUAGCUCUCCUCACAGUGGUUGGCAUGUCCUUGAGGAGUGUGGUUCAGUUUUUUUCCACCAUCAAGAACAAGCCUGCAUCUCAUGCAGUUGCUCUGUUAAGCCUCAAUUGGUUCAUUCUUGGUACUCUAACAUACCCUACACUACCAAGAGUUGCCCGCAUGCUGUCUCCAACACUGUUCAGUCUUCUAGACCAAACAAUGAGCAAGACUGAUCUCUUGCAUUCCUGGCUUGACAAUACUUUCCUCGGUGGUUGA